CUUGCAGCUACAAAAGGCCUUCCCCUCCCACUCACUGCUUUCACGACUCUUCCCCUCUCAACUUCAGCUCUCUUCAUUUCUCUUCCUUCACAAAUUCACAUUUCACCAUGAGAGAAAUCCUGCACAUUCAAGCAGGUCAAUGUGGUAACCAGAUUGGAGGCAAGUUCUGGGAGGUUAUGUGUGAUGAACAUGGGAUUGAUCCCACUGGGAAUUAUGUAGGCAAUUCCCAUCUUCAAAUUGAGAGGGUUAACGUUUACUACAAUGAAGCAAGUGGUGGUCGCUACGUUCCUAGAGCUGUGCUGAUGGACCUUGAACCAGGGACCAUGGACAGCCUGCGUUCUGGUCCUUAUGGAAGAAUCUUUAGACCUGACAACUUCGUGUUUGGCCAAAAUGGAGCUGGAAACAACUGGGCUAAAGGUCAUUACACUGAGGGAGCAGAGCUUAUUGACUCUGUUCUCGACGUUGUUCGUAAAGAAGCAGAGAAUUGUGAUUGCUUGCAGGGUUUCCAAGUUUGUCAUUCACUGGGAGGCGGAACAGGGUCAGGAAUGGGGACCCUGCUGAUAUCAAAAAUCAGAGAAGAGUAUCCUGAUAGGAUGAUGAUGACUUUCUCAGUCUUCCCAUCUCCUAAAGUCUCUGACACCGUUGUGGAACCCUAUAAUGCCACCCUUUCUGUUCAUCAACUUGUUGAAAAUGCAGAUGAAUGCAUGGUCCUUGACAAUGAGGCUCUUUAUGAUAUCUGCUUCAGGACCCUCAAGCUCACUAACCCAAGUUUUGGUGAUCUCAACCAUCUGAUCUCAACAACAAUGAGUGGAGUAACAUGUUGCCUCCGCUUUCCGGGCCAACUCAACUCUGAUCUCCGAAAGCUGGCUGUUAAUCUCAUCCCUUUUCCACGCCUUCACUUCUUCAUGGUUGGUUUUGCACCAUUAACAUCUCGUGGUUCCAGAGAGUAUAGAGCCCUCACAAUUCCUGAGCUUACUCAACAAAUGUGGGAUGCUAGAAACAUGAUGUGUGCAGCAGACCCACGACAUGGUAGGUAUCUGACAGCCUCGGCUAUGUUCCGAGGUAAAAUGAGCACUAAGGAAGUGGAUGAACAAAUGAUCAAUGUUCAAAACAAGAACUCAUCGUACUUCGUGGAAUGGAUACCAAACAAUGUAAAAUCUAGUGUUUGUGAUAUUCCGCCAACUGGGCUGUCCAUCUCCUCCACGUUCAUGGGGAACUCGACAUCAAUCCAAGAGAUGUUUAGGCGUGUUUCAGAGCAAUUCACAGUGAUGUUCAAGAGAAAGGCUUUCUUGCAUUGGUACACUGGAGAGGGCAUGGAUGAGAUGGAGUUUACAGAGGCUGAGAGUAAUAUGAAUGACUUGGUUGCAGAGUAUCAACAGUAUCAGGAUGCAGCUGGCCUUGAAGAAGAGGUUGAAGACGAUGAGGAGCCUAUGCAUGACUAAGAGCACAAGAUGAAGAUCCCUGUGGGACCAUAAUUAAUUGUGUAUAUUUAUAUUUAUAUAUAUAUAUGGUGAGGGAGGUGUUUCGUGCUUGGUUUGUGUGUUCUGUGCUUUCAAAGUGGUUCGCAUUCGUAGCAUACUGUGUUUUUGUGGGAAGGAAUGGGCUUUUAACACCGUUUGCCCUUUUCAGUUCUGGGAAUCUCCAAUUCAUGAGCUGGGAAUAAUUUCUAUUUUAUGUUAAAUUUUCUUAAGAAGUAUUUGGUUUCUAGACUAGUCUGGGUUUGAUUUUGAUUCUGCCACGUUGUGGUUAUUGUUAAUGUCUCCUUGUUUAAACAUCAUUUGCUUAUCGGAACUUAUCAAUGUUACAUGGCUUUUCCAAUCCA